AUGGUACAGUCUUCCAAUUCUGAAGAGGGCGAUGAAAUUAGGAUAAGGAUCUCACCAGUUUUCGAAGAAAAUAUACGAAAACUCUGUGAAGCUUCAAUGGUUGGCUCCAUUCAAACAUUGAGGAAACUCAUUGAAGACGACAAAGAUAUGGUUCAAAGUGUUUUGAUCUUUUGUUCCAAUGAUAUUGAGUAUCCUUUACAUUUAAAUUACAACAGUCCUGAUGAGCUAGCUCCCAUGGUCAAUGCCCUCCAACAAACUCCACUUCACUUAGCUUCUCAAAAUGGCGACAUGGAGAUGGUUCGAGUUUUGCUCGCGAAAAAUACAAGUACUUGCUUGGUUCGUGAUUUUAAUGGCUUGAUUCCUCUCCACCAUGCAGUGAUUGGUGGGCAUGUUGAGAUGGUGAAGGAAUUGAUUCUUGCAAGACCAAGAUCUAUGUGGACAAAGCUAAAAAAUGGUCAAACUGUUUUGCAUUUAUGUGUUGAAGAUAAUCAUUUGGAAGUCAUGAAGUUAUUGAUUGAAAUAUUUUAUUUGUACCAUGAUGAAGAUUUUCUUGACAUAACUGAUGACAAUGGAAAUACCAUUUUGGAUAUGUCUCUCGGAUUGAAAAGAUUUGAGGUACGUAAUUGA